CCCCAAAUCUUAACUUUAAAUUUCUGUUAUCCAACGGCCUUCUUAUUUUCCAUCUUAUUGUCAAAUUUUUAUUUUUAUUUUUAAUAAUGUUUUCAACAAACCUUCUUCCACUUUUUCCAUCUCAGCUUUGUCUAAAGAAGAAGGCUAAUAACUUAGAGAAAUAUAGAAAGGGAGCUCACACACACACACCAGUCCAGUCCCAGCAGAAUUUCAAUCUUCCUCUCUUCUCUCAGAGAGAAAGAAAAGAAAAGAACAGAACAGAAAAGAAAAGAAAGAGAGAAAAAGGAGAAAAGCAGAGGCAUAGUUUCUUCCUUGUAUUUGAAGACUCUUUCUUUGUGAAGAUGUUUGAUUCCUCAACCCCAUACUCACUUGAAGUUUCUCAGAUUCCUCUUACUUUUCCUUCCUUUUCCGGAAAAUCCACAACUACCCAAAUGCUUAAAUCCCUUCAUCUUCUCUUUCAAUACUUCCAAACCCAAUUGUCUUGAAUAUUUUUCCCAAGAAAAAAAGCAGGAAAGAAAAAAACCAUCAUGGUCCUUCCUUUCAUUGUCUUGACAUUUUUCUCUCUUCUUGGCACCUCUUGCUUUGCUUCUUCUUUGGUCAGUGAUUUUCAUGUCUUGGUCACACUCAAGCACGGCUUCCAAUUCUCCGAACUGGCUUUAAGCACUUGGAAUUCUUCAUCUCCAAGAUCAGUUUGUUCAUGGGCUGGAAUUCGAUGCUAUAGAGGAAGAGUUGUUGCAGUGGACUUAACAGAUUUCAAUCUUUUUGGCUCUGUAUCUCCUCUGAUUUCAGGCCUCGACCGGCUCACCGACCUCUCUCUUGCAGGAAACAACUUUGCAGGCAGCAUUGCCAUUGCCAACUUCACAAACCUUCAGUUCCUCAACAUAUCCAACAACCAAUUCAGUGGGAGCUUGGAUUGGAACUACUCAAGCAUUGCCAACUUGGAAGUGUUUGAUGCUUAUAACAACAACUUCACCGCUUCUCUUCCACUUGGGAUUUUGAGCUUGAAGAAGCUCAGGUACUUGGAUCUUGGAGGCAAUUUUUUCAAUGGAAAAAUCCCAGCAUCAUAUGGGAAUUUGGCCAGCUUGGAGUACUUGUCAAUUGCAGGCAAUGAUCUUAAUGGAGAAAUUCCAGGUGACUUGGGCAAUCUCACUAACCUGAGAGAGAUUUACUUGGGCUACUACAACGUUUUUGAAGGUGGGAUUCCAAAGGAGUUUGGGAAAUUGGUCAAUCUGGUUCACAUGGAUCUCUCAAGCUGUGAAUUAGACGGGCCAAUUCCCCGGGAGCUGGGGAAUUUGAAGGCGCUCGACACGCUUUACUUGCACAUCAAUCUGCUCUCAGGCUCAAUCCCAAGGCAGCUAGGCAACUUGACAAACUUGGUCAAUCUUGACCUCUCCAACAAUGCACUGACUGGUGAAAUCCCAUUUGAGUUUGCCAGUCUCAAACAGCUCAAGCUUUUCAACCUCUUCAUGAACAGAUUGCAUGGCUCAAUCCCAGACUACGUCGCGGAUUUGCCUAACUUGGAAACUCUGGGGCUGUGGAUGAACAACUUCACUGGCAUAAUUCCACAGAAGCUUGGCCAGAAUGGGAAGCUUCAACUGCUCGAUUUGUCAUCGAAUAAGCUCACCGGUAAAAUCCCACCAAACUUGUGUUCAUCAAAUCAGCUGAGAAUACUAAUUCUCUUGAAAAACUUUCUCCUUGGUCCAAUCCCUGAAGCCUUAGGGGCAUGUUCUAGUCUCACUAGAGUAAGGCUGGGGCAGAAUUACUUAAAUGGUAGCAUACCAAAUGGCUUAAUUUACUUGCCUCUGCUGAGCUUAGCAGAGUUGCAAAACAAUUACCUAUCUGGAAUGUUGCUAGAGAAUUCUAAUGGCUCAUUGGAGCCGGCCAAAUUAGGCCAGCUUAAUCUGGCAGACAACCUCCUAUCCGGUCCUUUACCCCACUCGCUUUCGAAUUUCUCUUCCCUCCAAAUCCUCCUACUUGGUGGAAAUCAAUUCUCUGGUCCAAUCCCACCUUCAAUAGGCCAACUACAUCAAGUACUAAAACUUGAUCUUAGCAGAAAUUCACUCUCUGGUGAAAUCCCACCAGAAAUUGGAAACUGUUUCCAUCUCACCUACCUUGACAUGAGCCAGAACAACCUCUCUGGCUCAAUCCCACGAGAAAUUUCCAGCAUUCACAUCCUGAAUUACUUGAACAUAUCAAGAAAUCACUUGAACCAAAACAUUCCCAGAUCAAUAGGCACCAUGAAGAGCCUCACAAUUGCUGAUUUUUCCUUCAAUGAUUUCUCAGGAAAGCUACCCGAAUCAGGGCAGUUUGCCUUCUUUAAUGCCUCUGCUUUCGCGGGCAAUCCCCAUCUUUGCGGUUCACUCCUAAACAAUCCUUGCAACUUCACCGCAAUCACAAACACACCGCGAAAACCCCCCGCGGAUUUCAAGCUGAUCUUCGCAUUAGGCCUGCUAAUAUGCUCACUGGUGUUUGCUGCUGCUGCUAUAAUCAAGGCCAAAUCGUUCAAAAGAAAUGGCCCGGAUUCAUGGAAAAUGACUUCCUUCCAGAAGCUGGAAUUCACAAUCUUCGACAUCCUCGAAUGCGUGAAAGAUGGGAAUGUGAUUGGAAGAGGAGGAGCAGGGAUUGUUUACCAUGGAAAAAUGCCAAAUGGGGUUGAAAUUGCUGUCAAAAAACUCCUUGGUUUUGGACCAAAUAGCCAUGAUCACGGCUUCAGAGCAGAAAUUCAAACCUUAGGCAACAUUCGGCACAGAAACAUUGUGAGAUUGCUGGCAUUUUGCUCAAACAAAGAAACGAAUCUGCUUGUUUACGAGUACAUGAGAAAUGGAAGCUUGGGGGAGGCAUUGCAUGGGAAAAAGGGAGGAUUCUUGGGGUGGAAUUUGAGGUACAAAAUUGCCAUUGAAGCUGCCAAAGGCCUGUGCUACCUUCACCAUGAUUGUUCUCCAUUGAUACUUCACAGGGAUGUAAAAUCAAACAACAUUUUGCUCGAUUCGAGCUUUGAAGCGCACGUUGCUGAUUUCGGGCUCGCUAAGUUCUUGAUUGAUGGUGGAACAUCUGAGUGUAUGUCUGCAAUUGCAGGCUCUUAUGGCUACAUUGCACCUGAGUACGCAUAUACACUGAAGGUGGAUGAGAAGAGCGAUGUAUAUAGCUUUGGGGUUGUUCUGUUAGAACUUCUAACGGGUCGUCGUCCAGUGGGAGAGUUCGGGGAAGGCGUCGACAUAGUGCAGUGGUCGAAGAAAGCCACGAAUUGUCGAAAAGAAGAUGUUACAAGCAUUGUUGAUCCAAGGCUAGCAAUAUCUGUACCCAAAGAUGAAGCAAUGCACUUGUUCUUCAUUGCAAUGCUUUGCAUCCAAGAACACAGUGUGGAGAGGCCAACAAUGAGAGAAGUUGUUCAAAUGCUAUCGGAGUUUCCUCGCCACUCCCCGGACUACUUCCAGUCCUCCUCAUCCUUAGCCACUUCCCAACAACCCAAGAAUACUGAGAAAGACACAAAAUGUGCCAAGUUCAAACAAGAUAUUUUGGUUUAAUAUGAAGCAAACAUGAAAUUUUUAUUUUUUUUCUACAUAAUUUUUAGAGUUUAAUUAAUAUAUGGUGUCUUAAAGCGGCUCGAUUUUGUUGUGGCCGUGCUAUGUGGAAACUAGAAUUUUUUUUUUUUUUUUUUUUUGGGUUUAAUUAUUUUGUUUACAUUUAGGAAUGGAGCGCUGGUCAAUUAACAAAUGUAGGAGAAUAAUUAAAGGAUGCACUUCUUUUCAAGGGGUAUGCACUUUGAGAAAGGCGCAUGCAUGCUUAAUGGAGCCAUAUCAGUCUCUUUGUAUCAUAAUAUAUAGUAUUUACAUAUGAUUAAUAUGAUCGCUUUUUAUUUCACUCA